CGCGAGAGAGAGAGAGCGCUGCUGGGACGGUCGUGAGAGAGCGACAACUUUGAGCUUCAUAAAAUGUCCACAGCAGCAACAGAUAACAAUUAGGCAAGCAUUGUGGAUGUAGAGGAGAGAGAUAUUUCGUUUACGUUUUGAAAAAAAUAUGUAUGUGUAAAGACAUUUUAUUAGCAGCCUUGGUACAAGUGAAACCAGCGCAAACUGGAAACAUGGCGGAAUCGGGAGUUCCCCCAGCAGAGGCUUCUCAGGGCAGCCGGUCGGUGUGUAUCUUCGACUGUCGCCCAAACAGUAAAGAGCUCCCUGAACUGAUGCUGGAUAUCGGCGGCAUGAACUACAAGCAGUUCCUGUGUGCAGUGCGCAAGGAAUUUUCUAUCUCAGUAAAUGAAAGUUUUGUGAUCACUACUACAGAUCGCAGGGAGAUCGAUUCAGAUGUUUACGAUGAACUGUCAAAUGGAAAAACAUUAUACCUGCUGCAAUCUGUGGAUCAGGAGUUGUCUAUGGCAACUGAAGAGCAAAUUAAGUACGUUCCCCAUUUUCACACCAUUGUGCAAAGUGGCCAGUAUGAGUACUAUGCCAGCGAAGGACAGAAGGCACUACCCUAUGCCUUUGCUGAGCUUAUUGAUAAUGCACUUUCUGCAACCUCAAAUAAUCCUGAAACCAGGAACAUCGACAUAAGAUUGUUUUUUGAUGAGUCUCAAGGUGGCCCAGCCGUUGUAGUGAUGGAUAACGGCCGUGGAAUGACCUCUAAAGAGUUGAAUAACUGGGCAGUGUAUCGGCUUUCCAAGUUCAAUCGUGAUGAUCGUGCAUUUAAGAGUGAUGAACCAGGAUAUGUGCGUCCUAGUGCAGUUCCUCGCAGUCUGAACAGCGACAUCUCUUAUUUUGGUGUUGGAGGCAAACAGGCAGUGUUUUAUAUAGGCCAGUCUGUACGGAUCAUAAGUAAGCCCGUUGGCUCUCCAGAUGUACAUGAGUUUGUAAUGUCUAAGGAAGACUUUCAGCAGAAGGAGAAAAAUAACAAAGAAAUCUAUUCGGGUAUCAUCCGGAACAGGAAGCCAGGAGAUGAUUCUCAUGUGAAAGUGGAUGAAGAGCGUUUUUUACAAACUCUAGUUCUGGAAGAAAAAGGCAAGGACAGUUUUACCAAUAUAGUCAUAACUGAAAUCCAGCCUGAACAUGUUGCCUAUUUAAAACAGGAUUUCGCUAUCUGGACCAGAGAGCUAGCGCACAUCUAUCAUUACUAUGUUCACGGUGUACAUGGAAAUGACAUGAGACACAGACGAUCCACUGAAACUGUGUCAAACAUUGACAUCCAGAUUUGUCUAUUUGAUCGGUACUCUCGCUUGCCAAGGCUACUUAAUUUAAAGGAGAUAGAUAACGACAUGCAGACUCUUUACAUAAACUCUAGUGUGGCAGAGUUUGAAUUUAAAGCCAGUAAAGAAGGAGAUGCCAAAGUAGAAGGACUGCUUAGAUAUCAUCCAUUCCUGUAUGAUAAAGAAACCUAUCCAGAGGAUCCAUAUGCAAGUACACCAGCUACAGAAAAUGACGAAGACUGUUUUGUUACACACGCUGAGGGCCGAGGGAAGAGGCCCAUCUUUGAAUGCUUUUGGAAUGGACGAUUAAUUCCUUAUUCUUCUGUUAAUGAGUUUGAGUGGUGUACAAGACCCAAGAAAGUUGGUUCAAUACCAUUAGAAUGUUACAAUCGGAUCUCAGGUGUUCUCUUCACUAAUGACCGUUUUCAAGUCAGCACUAACAAACUCACAUUUAUGGAUUUGGAAUUGCAGCUACGUGACAAGGACACUAUCUUUACAAGAGUUCUCAAUGGUCAGGAGCAAAGAGUAAAGAUCAACCGAGAGUUCACAAAUUGGUUGAAAGAAUGCCAUGAAAAAUAUGAUAAACAGGUGAAGUUUCUGGGUUUCCAAGGCGAGAUAGUUCGAACAGAUGUGCAACCUAAACGUAUGCAGUCACCAUGGGCUCGGUACAAAGCCAUCGUGUGGGAUGGUAAAACCUACAAAUCUGGACAGCAGGUGAAGAUAAUGAAACCUCAACCUUAUGUUUAUGGCACCAUAGAUCAGUUUUUGCUCUAUGGUGACCACGAUGGUGAUGUGUAUGCCACCGGAGGACAUGUCCAAAUUACACUGGAACCUAAGGAGAUUUUCAAUGAGGUUAAGACCUUCCCAAUCCCUAAGAUUGACAGACAGGCUACAGAUGCUGACAUCAAGGGAUACAUUGAAAAUGAACUGAGCAAGCUUCCUGAUAAGUUGAGGGUCACAUGGCCGGAGGGGAACCCAUGGCCUGAGAAAAUCAUUCAACCAGCUGGAACUCCCAUGGGUCCAAUCCAAGUGGAGAUUCUGAAUAAAAAAGGGGAGAGAAUGUCACGGCUACCUGUAUCCACUGUUAAUUCCAAGAAAUUACAGAUUGAUCUCAAGGUGUUGUGGCACUCUUCUACUGGAAAAAUCCAAACCAACUCUCACACUGGUGUACAUUCCAAAUGGGAGUACUGGUUCAGGAAAAUGGAAAAUUUAAAUAAGCUGGGCAAAUACACACUUCAUUUGCAAACUAUGCUGAGUGAUAGUGAUUCCCCAAGUAUGUGGGCUGGAAGACGACUGCCUCAUUAUACACUCAACUUCAGUAUUAAAGAAAACAGUGCAGCAGCUUUCACGGUGGCUGUUGUUCCUCCUUUUGUUCAAGUGGGGGUACCCUUCACUUUGCCUCUGCAAUUCACUGAUGAAUUUAAUCAUCCCACUCAGCCUCCUUCUGACAUCAAACCCCAGCUAGAGUGCAGUUCACUAAAGCUGAGCUAUGAGCAGACAAUUACAAGUGGAUCUACGUUCACCAUAAAAGACCUGAGCGCCAUGGGUAAAGUAACCAAUCAUCAGGACAAGAUGUACACUAUAAAGGUAACAAUCCCAGGCCUCAAACCAGACACCCAGUCUUUCCAGAUCAGUGCCCGUCCAGGCCCUCCACAUCAAUUGGUGGUAAAGCCUGAAGAUGAGGUUUGCAUUGAGAAUGGCACACCAGCAGGAUUCAGUGUAGACGUUCAGGAUGAGUUCAAUAAUAUCACAACACAUUCCAAACUAAUUGUCCACUGCCAGUUAAUUGGAGGCUCUGAUUUGCCAGCCGACUCUGUUGACUGCAGUAAUACUGGUUCUGGUUUGCUGCUAGCAAAACCAGUAAAACUGAAGAACGUCACUACAGAGCGUACCCUCACAGCAAAGUUUAGCGUUCCUAAUCAAAAAGCUGUGGCGUGUGUGGAGAGGACAGUUCGUAUUUCCCCAAGCACUCGCGUCUACCGUAUAGAGGUCUACAGGCAGGAGGAUGAUUCAGAUGAUGUCAUCAUACUUCAAAAUAAGGAGCGUAUUAACUGGACGGCAGGUGACACACUCGGGUGCCUGCAUUUUAAGCUCUUUGAUGAGGGUGGCAGGCAGGUGGCUUUAACACAGAAACUUGCCCAUAACAUAAAGGUGAACUGGGCUGCAGAUGUUAAAGCUGCAGAAUUGACGAAAGGAAGACUACCUAGUAUAUGUGUACCCACAAAAGUACACGGAGAACAGUUUUAUCAAGUGUCUUUUCAGGACCAGCAGACGGUUGACACAUCCUUCACUAUAUUCCCACGGCCGGAUGAGCCUGAACGGUUAAGGGUUACUCUCAGUGAAACAACUGUCAGGAUGGGAGAAACUCUGUCUGAAAAUAUUUAUAUUGAGGUGGUUGAUCAGUAUGGCAAUAAGACAGAUGCUCUAAAUGCUGGGAGCAUGAAGGAAGUCGGUGUGUCUGCAGAUAAGCUUGACGAAUCAGCCUUGAAUUUUACCUGGCAGGAUAAAAUAGGGACAAUGGUGGUGACUGGCAUUCGCUUUUCAGAAGGUCUCCCUGGUCCAAGAGAGUUGUGUUUUAAGUACCAGAAUUUUAAAGAGUUUGUCAGAAUAACAGUCACUUCUGGACCACCAACGAAACUCGUUCUGCUGGAGCCACCAGAACUGCCAUUACGUGUGUUCAAUGGACAAGGUUUGGACACACCAUUUCAGCUGCAAUUAUGUGACGCAUGGGGAAAUCCUGCUGCAGAUCAGCGGGUCGUCAUAUCAGUGAAAUCUCGGUCAUCACAACUCAAGGUUAAAUGCUCAGUGAUGUCCCAGACUGUCGAUACAGAAGGAAAGGCCAGCUUUAUGCUGGAGACCAUAUCAGCAAAAAUAGGAGAGCAUGAACUGGAGUUCAAAGGAUCCAUCAGUAAAACCAAUACUAUUCAUGGCCCGGUUAUAAAGCUGUGUGUGGUGCCUGAUCCCAACAACCCUGUUAAGCUUAAUGUAGAAUACAACAAUGACGGCAUCUUGAGAGCAGGAGAUAUUUUCCCUGUAUUUAAAGUAACUGUACUCUCUGAAGAGGGUGGACCUGUGAAGAAUGUGAGUCCCUGCAGUCUGUCCAUGCUGCUGUGGGAAGGCUUGGCCUCAGGAUGCCGUCCUCCACUUGGGGUAAUGGCACUUAAGUGUAGUAAACCCAAGGACAAGGACAAUGAUGACCACUUUUACUUCAGAGAUAAAGAGAUUCCUCUCAGAGCGGGAAAAUACAUGGUGCAGUUUCUGUUUGCUGUAGGUUCAGGCAAAUCCCUCUGGAGCAGUCAGAUUGCCCUGAAUGUCGUUGCCAAUAAGCCAGUCAAACUCGUCCCAGACACUCCCGCUGCGACUCCUGUGGUCUCCAACAGCAGCACUCUAGCCGAUCGUACUCUUCUUGAUUUCCUAUGCUUGCAUAUUAUGGAUGAGCACAAUAAUCCAGCUGGUCUGGGGCUUAAUGGAAAAGUGAUCCUGACUGUGACAACUCCUGAUGGUGAUGAUGCAGAAGAGCUUCCUAUGUUUGAGAGCAAAGCCAAGAGUCUAACAUACGAUCUUAUUAACGGGAAGACGAUUAUCAAGGACUUGGCACUGAUGGAGAAUAGUCCAGGGGCUGAUGGAGCUGAGUACACACUCCAGUUCCACCCAGUGCUUCAAGGCCCUAAAUCUUUGCUCAACAUCCCUCCCUUUAAAUUGCCCUUCAGAUUUUACAAUGAUGCAGAGAACCAGAAGGUCAUGGCUACUAUGAGUAAGAAGAAGGACCAACUGUCUCAGUCCAUUGUAGUCUACAAAGAGAUUUUGGAGACUAACAGACAGCUCACAACAGAACUCACGGGCCAAAUGCAAGAUGCAGUUAAUAAAGAGUCUCAGCUGAAAGAUGAGCUGAAUAAAAAUGGCGUAGAUGUUUCAAGAAUAACUGAUGUGGCGUCAGUCGAAGGCUUGGUUGCUAAGGUGACUGCAGAUUUGGAGAGGAUAAAGAAUCAGCCUCGGCGAAAAUGUACCAUACCUGAUCCGUUUAGAGGCAGCCAAGAUGUCCUAGGAAAGGUAGCACACCUGGCACUGGUGAAGGAUGAUGAUGCAGCUAAAGUCAUUUCCUGGCAUCUUCUUGGUGACAUGGACUGUGUGGUUACUGUGACAACAGCAGCAGCGAAAAAAAUCUACGAUGAAACACAGGGACGGCAACAAGUCAUGCCGAUAGAAACUAUUUUCUGGAAACCAAAUAACAGACCGCUGCCCCACAUCAGGAACGGUCAAAGCUUGUUCCGUCCGUUAGGAAGCCCUGUGUUUGUCAGAGAUCUGCUCAUUUUUCCUGAGCAUGCUGAAAACUGCAGCAAGGUCUUCUCCAAUCUUCUUGGAGACACCAUAUUAGUGGACGACUUGGACUCCGCUAACCAUUACCGCAAGGGGGUUGUCCAGAGUAAGAUGCAAUGCCCUACUCUGUUGACACGGCAAGGAGAACGUAUCCGUAGCAAUGGGAAGUUUGGUGGUUUACAAAAUAAGGCUCCUCCAAUAGAGAAGCUGAGAGGACACGUGUUUGGAGCACCACUGCCUCCAGAAUAUCACACCACAUGUAAACAAAAGGAGCUCCUCCAGCAGUACUCCAUAGCAGCACAGAAGGCAUUAAAAGUCAAGGCUGAUUAUGACUACCACAUGGAGUAUCUGCAGAGUCCUAAGAUGAAACAGACGAAGCAAGAGCUCCAACAGCAAGAGAAGGAGUUCAGAGAGAUCGAGAAAAAACUUUGCAGCACUCCAGUGCGGACUUCUCCCGGUUCACUAAAACGCAACCUUCAAGACGAGCUUGAUGAGUCCCUUCCAGCAAAAAGGAUUAGACGUAAAACCCGAAAACUACUGGAUUCUUAAAAAUCAUCUCAGACCAAGAAGACGUUUAAAUUUCUAUAUUGACUGCUGUAGCAUGAAUGACUUAAAACAAAAAAGUUUGUUUAAUGUGAAUUAUAUUAUAGUUAAACAUUGAAGUAUUUCUGUUUUUCUGACUUCAAAAUCUGUUUUUAGUUUCAGAUAAUUUUUAUUAAUACUAUUUUCUUUUUUCGUAUAUAAAAGUAACUAUUGUUGCUAAAUAUUUUGUAUUUCAACCUGAUUCUCUUUGAUUUAAAAAGAAAGGGAACUUAAGUUAUGGACUGUGUCCACACUGACCUUUGUACGUUUUUGUAUGUGAAGCAAAAAGCUAAAUAUAUGUUUUUACAUAAUGCACUCUCAUUUAAUUACUUGCAAUCAUUUAAUAGUCUGAAAUGACAUGCUUACCUCCUGUUACAUUUUCACAUUUACAAAAUUAGCUCUAAUGGAUCAAACUGUUUUUUUUUGUUUUUUUAACAGUAUUUCUUUAAUUCUUUAUUUAAAUUCUUUCCACCAUCUCUGUGUUGAUCUACUCUAUGCCAUACUUGGGGAUGUUUAUAGAGACAGUAAUGAUUCCAUGCCUUUAUAGAUUUAGAACAGAUUAGCAGUAAACUAUUUACCCCUUUGCCUAUGCACAUUUGCUCAGUAUUAACUGGUGUAUUUAGGUGUUCAUGAUGGAGCGCUGCUGGAAAUUUCCUUUCCUAGUAAGCAUAAUGUGUGGGAACAGGAUAUUAAUGCAUGACGUGACUCACUAACACGAGGGAAUGAUGUAAUUUAGGAGUCUUUCCCCCUCUUCCAGAACUUCCAGAGGACUAUUCACUAGAGCGUGUCAAAUUGUUCCAAAUUGAAAUUCUUAAUGGUUCUUAGUUUGUCACUUGUGACAUCACAUGCCUUACAUGUCUACCAGUUAGCUACACAUUAGCCAUAAAAUUUCACGAAUCACAUGCAAUGUACGUUAGACUCUUCUAUGAACUGUGCAAAUGAAUUCAUGCGUAACCGUCUCAAACUUUCUACGAACUUUUAUGAUUAAACUUUAAAACACCUACAAUACCUCAUGAUUUGCUAUGAAUGGUCAAGAACUUCUACUCUUUCUUUUGAUCCCUUAAAACUGAAAAAGAUUUUGGCCAUGUACCAUAUGUAAGGGAUCCCACUUCAUUCAUUCGUCUGUUACCAUGCUCGUUCCUCUGGUUUGUUAAGCUUCUUUUUAAAAAAAAAUAAAAAAUCGCCCUUAUUAUUAUUUGAAUC